AGGGGGCGCGCGCUGGCGGAGCAGGAGCAGGAGAGAGGGGGCAGAAGCCGAAUGGUGGAGCUGAAGAUGGCGGAUGGCGACAGCGGGAGUGAGCGCGGCGGCAGCAGCGGGGGAGGAGGCGGAGGCGGCUUCCAGCACUUCCAGCGGGACCAGGAGACCCAGGAGCUGGCGUCCAAGCGCCUGGACAUCCAGAACAAGCGCUUCUACCUGGACGUGAAGCAGAACAGCAAGGGCAGGUUCAUCAAGAUCGCCGAGGUGGGGGCCGGGGGCUCCAAAAGUCGUUUGACCCUCUCCCUGUCAGUUGCGGCGGAGUUCCGUGACUACCUCGGGGAUUUCAUCGAGCACUACGCCCAGCUGGGGCCUAGCAGUCCGGAGCAGAUAGCCCAGGCCACCGUGGGGGAGGACGGCGGGCCCAGGCGAGCCCUCAAGAGCGAGUUCCUCGUCCGGGAAAACCGCAAGUACUACCUGGACUUGAAGGAGAACCAGCGGGGGAGGUUCCUGCGGAUCCGGCAGACCGUCAACCGGGGACCGGGCUUCGGAGUCGGGGGGCCUGCGGGCGGCAUGCUGUCCGGUCAGACCAUAGCCCUUCCGGCCCAGGGGCUCAUAGAGUUCAGAGACGCCCUCGCUAAGCUCAUAGAUGACUACGGGGGAGACGACGAGGAGCUGGUCGGAGGCUCUGCCGCCGGGGGCUACAGCGAGCUCCCCGAGGGCACCUCCAUCAUGGUGGACUCCAAGCGGUUCUUCUUCGACGUCGGGUCCAACAAAUACGGAGUGUUCCUGCGGGUGAGCGAGGUGAAGCCCAGCUACAGGAACUCUAUCACCAUCCCCUUCAAAGCGUGGAGCAAGUUCGGGGGAGCGUUCAGCAGAUACGCGGAGGAGAUGAAGGAGAUCCAGGAGAGGCAGCGGGAUAAGAUGUACGAGAGGAGAGACGAGUCCGAGGGCGACGACGUGGAUGACGACUGAUGGAAUGAAACCAGCUGUUAGUCCACUUAACGUGACAGCUCUGCAGCAUAGGGGUAUUUUUGCAUAAAAGAAGAAGAAAAAAAAGCAGGAUGUGCAUGACAAAUCGUGCUGUAAUAGCCUACUAAAGUAUCGUGGCGUUAAACAAAGUACAUGUGCAGGGGGUCAUUGGUGUAUUAUCCUAAAAGCGUGUAGGGGUGAGGGUUGGAGUGAUUGUGUGAAUCUCUGCAAGUGAAAAAAAGUGGACUAAAUGUGUCGGUGAGGUUUGUGUCUCACUGGGGAAAAAAGAGUGCUUUAUUGUAAAAACAAAAAAUAUAAAAGAGGAGAGAGAGAGCCUACUAAAACCAGCAGAUUGGUUUUUAUAACUAGAAACGAAGCCAAUGAAUGCUUUCCUAUUUGCAACAUAGUCUAUAUUUAAAGCGUGAGGAGUCAACCUGUUUAAGAUGUUUUCCUUGCUCCUGGUUUAAGGAGGGAGAAACUAGCAUCCAUUGUAUUCCUGUUCCGGUCCAGGUCUCUCCUCGGUGGGCAGAUUGUGGGAUUUUUUUGCAAGUCGGUCAGAUGAACCUCGAGAGGAAUGUAUAGAGAGCUGCCGUCACUCUGUGGAUGUUUUUGCAUGGGAGAUAUCAGAGCUGUCAGACAGCACGGAGCCCUGCAGCAGCAGCAGCAGCAGCAGUGAAUCGAAAAGAUUACCCAAAAUAUUAGGGGGAAGUUACUGAGAGGAUUAUCUUUAAGCCCAAAAAACAAGGGCCUUGUGGACUAAACUAAAGCUUUGACUCCAGUAGUCAAUAACAGAGCGGAUCAGCUGGGUUUUAUGUUAUACAUACAAUCUUAGCGAUAUUUUCAAAGCAUAAUUCACAUUGUUUCCUGGAAGAUUCACUUUCCUCACGCCAGAGCAUCCCUGGUGUUUGAGAACAGCAGCUUGGGGAGAGGACUGUCUUUAGUGCCCCCCCACCGCCACCACCGCCACCAUCAGGGACAUACAGAUCUAUACACAAGACUUUAAAUGCUCAUUUGCUCCCACAUGCCACUACAAGGGUCCAAAUAUCUGGCAUUCAGACGGGAGCGCCGCAUCAGACACAGUGAAGCUUCUCUGACCUUCCAGCUCUGCCGGACUGCAGAGCGUCACUGAUGAGUUUUCCCAUCAGCCUCUCUGUUGCGGUCAGAGCCGGACUGACGGCCGCCUCAACCAGCCACGGGCCUUUUUUCUGACGUAACAUCUUCCAACACGUGAAGACCCUGGACAGAAACACAUUGAUGGAUGUCUUUUCGUUUUGUUUUGUUUUUGUUUUCAAAAGAGAACUAUAUUGAAAUGAGAUUCUACUUAUAGGUAAAAAAAUAAAUAUUACUGAACAAACCAGCAAAAGAUAUUUUGAAAUACUUACAAAGGAAAUUGUAUUGUGUAAAGGAAUUUCAAGACUUAAAAAUAAAAGAAAAGGUUAAUUUCUUAAAACAAAGUUGUGACUCAAACCUCCAGAUUAUUUUUCAUUUUGUUUUUCCUAGAGUGAAAGUAUAACACUUCCUUAAUUAAAACUACUUUAAAUGCAAUAACCCA